UGUCCUCGGGAAUGUCCAAUGGAGAUCUUCACGAGGAGGUCUGAUGUGACAAUCGUGGCCGAGGUCGGAAACUUGGUUGGAAGUCCGGCAGCCUUGCAAUGCCAGCCUGGCUACGUAUUUAGCGGAUAUAAUUCCAGGUGCUCUAAAGUCACCAAUAUAACUUGCGGCUUUGAUAGAUGGUUGGGACCGUAUUGGACCUCUUUGGAACAUGGAUUGGCGUUGCCAAACUGUAUCAAAUUAGGUAGUAACUUUUUCAGGAUGAACCACGUUCUCACCACUUAUGAACGAGGAUCAUUGUUUUAGUUAACAAAUGCUGCACAAUCCAGGAUUGCUUGGAAGAUCAUGAUUGCGUCAACUCGACCUGUGUUCCAAGACAAUGCACCAAUGAUUUAACCCGAUUUCAAGGAGCUUUGCUCAAUCCUCGUGAUGUUGGAAUUGGGACCACAAACCUCUUCCGAUGCAUUGAGGGCCCCCAAAAGACGACAAAGGUUUUUUGCAGUCUUGAUGGGUCUCCAAAUUGGAAAUUGUUGGACGGGACACCGCUGAAGCCUUGCUUUCCCGAGUGUUCCAACAACCAACCUUGUCCUGAAGAUCACUUGUGUGACCCCGAAACCCAGCGUUGUAUGAAGUCAAAAGGAUGCCCACCAAACAUUCCACAUGGAAUAAUUGUGCCUCUUCGAGACGGUCCCAAGAUAAUUUCGUGCAAACCUGGCUUCAAAUUGGUCCCAGAUGUUGAAGAGUUGGCUCUUUGCUCAAGCGAUGAAGUUUGGACCACUCCUAAAGGUCAAGCUUUGUCUUGUGAACCUGGUUGCUCCUUCAAAUAUUCCUGUUCGGAGGGCCAGAUAUGUAUCAAUGGAAAGUGCUCCCAAAAGGUGCUUUGCCCUUUAGGCAUUCCAUUUUCCAAUGGACACUUGAUUCCUGAGCGCAAAGGUCAAUUGGGCGAUGUAGCCAUCUUUGAGUGCGACCUUGGUUAUAAGCAACUUGGAACGGAAACUUUAGAGCUGGAAUGCUCCAAACAAGGAUGGAUACCCAAAGGAUCGGUCGCCUUGAUCCCUCAGUGCCAAAAGGAGUCGGAUUCGUGCCCAAGCUUUGAUUCCGUCGUACAAGCUCACUUCGAUCCAAUCGUUCGGGAAUUCAAUCUUUUUGAGUUCAAUUGUUUGAAAGGAAAGAUGCAAUCCGAUGGGUUGGUCAAAGGCGUUGCCAACUGUAAAGAUGGCAAAUGGUUUGAUCCCAAUGGAAUACCAAUUACACCGUGUAACAAGGAACUGAUUUGCAAGAGACCAUCCGAUUGUUCAACGUUAGAGAAAUGUAUUGAGGGCGAAUGUGUGGUUCCUAGUUGCAAUCCAGGACUAGAUUUCCCCAACAGCGACCUAGUGGUUGGAGAAACAACCGAGGUUGGAUCCUCAGGGAUGCUCGUGUGCAAAGAUGACUUUGUCCUUGAUUUCUCGGAUGAUCCAAUCUUGUUUCAAGCGAUCUAUUGCGGCUUUGACCAAAACACGGGCGACGUUAACUGGCUCUCACAAUCUACCUCCGAUAAGGUUAAAGACUGCGUGAAAGGUUUGGUCCCUUUUGAUGUAAUUUGA